AUGGCGGCGGUGGCUGGGAUGAUGUUGCUGGGCUUGCUGCAGGCGGGUGGGUCGGUGCUGGGCCAGGCGAUGGAGAAGGUGACAGGCAGCAACCUCUUGUCCAUGCUGCUGAUCGCCUGCGCCUUCACCCUCAGCCUGGUCUACCUGUUCUGUCUCGCUGCCGGCCACCUGGUCCAGCUGCCCGCAGGGGCGAAAAGUCCCCCAUACGUUUUCUCCCCAGUUCCAUUCCCUGGGCAUGCCAUAGCAUUUGGGAAAAGUCCAGCUGAAUUUCUAGAAAAUGCAUAUGAGAAGUAUGGACCUGUAUUUAGUUUUACCAUGGUAGGCAAGACAUUUACUUACUUUCUGGACAGUGAUGCUGCUGCGCUGCUUUUUAAUAGUAAAAAUUAAGAACUGAAUGCAGAAGAUGUCUACAGUCGCCUGACAACACCUGUGUUUGGGAAGGGAGUUGCAUGCGAUGUGCCUAAUCCAGUUUUCUUGGAGCAGAAGAAAAUGUUAAAAAGUGGCCUUAACAUAGCCCACUUUAAACAGCAUGUUUCUAUAAUUGAAAAAGAAACAAAGGAAUACUUUCAGAGUUGGGGAGAAAGUGGAAAAAAUGUGUUUGAAGCUCUUUCUGAGCUCGUAAUUUUAACAGCUAGCCAUUGUUUGCAUGGAAAGGAAAUCAGAAGUCAACUCAAUGAAAAGGUAGCACAGCUGUAUGCAGAUUUGGAUGGAGGUUUCAGCCAUGCAGCCUGGCUCUUACCAGGUUGGCUGCCUUUGCCUAGUUUCAGACGCAGGGACAGAGCUCAUCGGGAAAUCAAGGAUAUUUUCUACAAGGCAAUCCAGAAACGCAGACAGUCUCAAGAAAAAAUUGAUGACAUUCUCCAAACUUUACUAGAUGCUACAUACAAGGAUGGGCAUCCUAUGACUGAUGACGAAGUCGCAGGGAUGCUUAUUGGAUUACUCUUGGCAGGGCAGCAUACAUCCUCAACUACUAGUGCUUGGAUGGGCUUCUUUUUGGCCAGAGACAAAACACUUCAAGAAAAAUGUUAUUUAGAAGAGAAAACAGUCUGUGGAGAGAAUCUGCUUCCUUUAACUUAUGACCAGCUCAAGGAUCUAAAUUUACUUGAUCGCUGUAUAAAAGAAACAUUAAGACUUAGACCUCCUAUAAUGAUCAUGAUGAGAAUGGCCAGAAUUCCUCAGACUGUGGCAGGGUAUACCAUUCCUCCAGGACAUCAGGUGUGUGUUUCUCCCACUGUCAAUCAAAGACUUAAAGACUCAUGGGUAGAACGCCUGGACUUUAAUUCUGAUAGCUACUUACAGGAUAACCCAGCAUCAGGGGAGAAGUUUGCCUAUGUGCCAUUUGGAGCUGGGCAUCAUCGUUGUAUUGGGGAAAAUUUUGCCUAUGUUCAAAUUAAGACAAUUUGGUCCACUAUGCUUCAUUUAUAUGAAUUUGAUCUCAUUGAUGGAUACUUUCCCACCGUGAAUUAUACAACUAUGAUUCACACCCCUGAAAACCCAGUUAUCCAUUACAAACAAAGAUCAAAAUGAAAAAGGUUGCAAGGAAUGAAUAUAUGUGAUCAUCACUGUAAGCCACAAAGGCAUUCGAAGAGAAUGAAGUGUGCAAA